AGUUGCUCCUCUCCUCCUAACUCGCUAGGGUUUUUAUCGCUGCCGCAUCUGGUUCUCUCCGAAUACCAGCGAGAACUCUCCGAAUACCAAUCAUGGCGGCCGCCCUGUCCUCUCCACCACAAUCCUCUGGUUUGGCCUCGCCCACCGAUGUUAAGCUCUUCAAUCGGUGGUCUUUCGAAGAAAUCGAGGUUUCUGACAUGUCACUUGCUGACUAUAUUGCGGUAACUCCUUCGAAGCAUGCAACUUAUCUUCCACACACAGCUGGACGCUACUCUGUAAAAAGGUUCAGGAAAGCACAGUGUCCCAUUGUUGAAAGAUUGACCAAUUCAUUGAUGAUGCAUGGUCGCAACAAUGGGAAGAAACUGAAGGCUGUUCGCAUCGUUAAACAUGCUAUGGACAUUAUUCAUCUCCUUACUGAUACAAACCCAAUCCAAAUCAUAGUAGAUGCUGUCAUUAAUAGCGGUCCACGAGAGGAUGCUACUAGAAUUGGAUCUGCUGGUGUUGUUAGGCGUCAGGCUGUUGAUAUUUCGCCUCUGAGACGGGUUAAUCAAGCGAUAUAUCUUCUCACAACAGGUGCUCGUGAGAGUGCUUUUCGAAAUAUCAAGACAAUUGCUGAAUGUCUUGCUGAUGAAUUGAUUAAUGCAGCUAAGGGUUCUUCCAACAGUUAUGCUAUCAAGAAGAAGGACGAGAUUGAACGUGUGGCCAAGGCAAAUCGUUGAAGGCAAUUUUUAAAAAACAGAAGUCCUGAAAUGAUUUAUUGCCUUUUUGAAUUACAUUUAAUGUUGUCUUAUCUGCUCUUAAGAUUGUAGUUGUACGUUUGAGACUUUUUAAGGUUGUGGAUGUUUUUCUUUUUAAUUUGGUACUUGGAUGUUUCUGUUAUAUUGUUAGUUUCAACAUUUUUCGAGCGGUGGAUUUUUAUUAUAAACAUUUUGUUACAAAAUUAUCUAAUACUUCUGUCCU